GGUUAAAUUGAGAAAAUCACAUAUAUUUGGACAGAUACAUAUUGCUAUGCACACACACGCUCGUCUGUAUGUAUUUCUAGAGAGAGAAAACUCCUGUAGAGAGAGAGUAGCUGCAUAGGCUUUUCAUUCCUGAGCUUACCUUCACUCACCAAAUCUUAACAAUUCACUGGAAAAAAAGGUUAUCUUUUUCACAUUUCUCCAUCAUUUUUGCCUCCAUUUUUUUUAUUCUUUCAACUUUCUCUCUCUUCCGUACCAACUAAAAUUCUAGAGAGAGAAAGCACAACUCCUCACACUCCAGAUUUCAGAAUCAAUUCAGGUACUCGCAUUCUGUUUUUGUACCAUAAUCUCUUAGAACGAAACCCUAAUUCUGCUUUCAAAAUGUCAAUGCGAAUGCUGUAAGCAUGAGGAAUUAUAAUAAUAAUAAUAAUAAUAAUAAUAAUAAUAAUAAUAUUGUUGCAUUAUUAUUAUUGUUGUUUUUCAACUCUACAUUUGAACAACAACAAGUGUUAUCCAGAUUUAGGGCAGAAAGGGCAGCUCUGCUCCAACUUAGAUCAUCAUUAGGGUUAAGAGCAAAAGAAUGGCCUAUUAAAUCCAAUCACUGUGUAAAUUGGGUGGGAAUUAUCUGCCAAAAUGGCACUGUUGUUAACAUUAAUAUCUCAGGGUUUAAGAGGACACGCAUUGGAAGCGAAAACCCCCGGUUUUCGGUCGAUUCGUUUGCGAAUUUAACGAAUUUGGUUUUGUUUAACGCUUCUAGGUUCACCCUUCUAGGCUCCAUUCCUGAUGGGUUAGGGUUUCGGGCUCAGAAGCUUCGAGUUCUUGACCUUAGGUUUUGUCGGAUCACUGGUGCUAUUCCUUUUAGUGUUGGUAAUUUAACUGAUCUUGUUGAAUUAUAUUUAUCGGAUAACGCGCUCACCGGCACCGUUCCGGAUAGUUUAGGUCGGUUGUCACGCCUUUCGGUUCUUGAUCUGUCGAGAAACACGCUCACCGGGUUCAUCCCGUCGUCGUUUGGAUCGUUGGUUAAUCUUUCUUCACUCGACUUGUCGUUAAAUUACUUAUCCGGGGACGUUCCUGAAUCGUUUCGGAGCUUAUCGAAUCUUCGAUUCUUGAAUCUUUCUGGUAACAGUCUUUCUUCUUCGUUACCUGCACAGUUAGGUAACGUUAGUAACUUGAUUGUUCUUGAUCUCGGUUCCAAUUCGUUUACCGGGACAUUGCCUGUUGAAUUCGGAAACUUAACGAGCUUGCAAACAUUGGUUGUCAAGAACAAUAUGCUUACGGGUAAUUUAUCUGGCGAUAUGUUUUCGUCUCUAAACAAGUUGGAAACUUUGGUUUUGAAUCAUAAUAACUUUACCGGUAAUCUUCCCGAUGAGUUAUGGUCGCUUCCGGCUUUGAGUUUUCUCGAUGCGGCUAAUAAUAAUUUCACCGGUUUGUUACCGAAUCUUGUUCCAGAUGGUAAUUUAACGAAUUUCACAUCUGGGGCGUUGAAUCUUUCGCAUAAUAUGUUUUACGGAAACUUAACGCCGGUUUUGAGAAGGUUUCGUUCAGUGGAUUUGUCUUAUAAUUACUUACAAGGCAAGGAACCCGAUUACGCACGUGGAGUUUUUUCCUUAAAUAGAAAUUGUCUUCGAAACAUGACAACUCAAAGAAGUGUGCAAGAAUGUGCAACGUUUUACGCUUCAAAGGGUUUGACUUUUGACAAUUUUGGUGUCCCGGAGGACACAUUGCCGCCGCCUCGUGACAGUCAUAACCGCAACAAAAAGUGGAUUAUAUUGGCGGCGGUUAUAGGCGGUGUUGGACUUUUUGUACUUAUAUCAGUUAUUGCGAUACUAGUGGUUGUAUGCUGUAGAAAAAGUCGUACAAGUUCUCAAAGAGGAAACGGGGUGGGACCCGCGCCAGCUGUCAUAGUGCCGCCAUCUCCGAUGGCGGCGUUGGAUUCAUCUAAUUUGGGAGAUACGUUUACGUAUCAGCAGAUUCUUGCGGCCACUGGUGACUUUAGUGAUGUGAAUUUGGUCAAACAUGGUCAUUCGGGUGAUAUAUUUAGGGGUGUUCUUGAGGGUGGCGUAACCGUAAUUAUUAAAAGAUGUGACGUGGGGUCCGGGGCGAAGGAUGUACACGUGGCGGAACUGGAUUUGUUCAGAAAGGUAUCGCAUCCUAGACUGGUGCCGCUUUUGGGACAUUGUUUGGAGAACGAAAACGGAAAGUUUCUUGUUUAUAAAUACAUGCCGAAUGGCGAUUUGUCAAGUUCUUUGUACAGGAAAAACGAUCUAGAUGAUGACGGUUUACAGUCGUUGGAUUGGAUUACCAGAUUAAAAAUCGCGUUAGGAGCUGCUGAAGCGCUUUCUUACCUUCAUCAUGAAUGUACUCCACCCCUGGUUCACAGAGAUGUUCAAGCUAGCAGUAUACUUCUUGAUGAUAAAUACGAGGUGCGAUUAGGGAGCUUAAGUGAAGUUUGUAUUCAAGAAGGAGAAAGUCAUUCGAAUCGGUUCACAAGGUUGCUCAGACUACCCCAGACAUCAGAACAAGGUGCUUCGGGUGUAGCAACUGCGACAUGUGCUUAUGACGUUUACUGUUUCGGGAAAGUGUUACUCGAGCUCGUAACAGGCAAAAUGGGAAUUAGUGCAUCAAACGACCCGACCCAAAAAGAUCUAUUAGAACAAAUACUACCGUACAUCAACGUAUACGAUAAAGAACUCGUGACAAACAUCAUCGAUCCGUCUUUAAUCAUAGACGAGGAUUUAUUAGAAGAAGUGUGGGCCAUGGCUGUUGUUGCGAGAUCUUGUCUCAACCCGAAGCCCACUAGAAGACCGCUAAUGAGGUAUAUAGUUAAAGCGUUAGAGAAUCCGUUAAAGGUGGUGAGAGAAGAAAGCGGAAGCUCAGCAAAGCUAAAAACGAAUUCUUCACGGGGUUCUUGGAAUGCCGCUUUGUUCAGUAGCUGGCGGCAGAGCUCGGUUGAUGUGGCGGGGAUGGCGGCAGGAGUGGGACCCAGUAGUGUUAAGCGGUCGGGGACGAGUGAAUCACAGUCGGGGAGUGGGGAUCAUUCUUCUUCACAUAGAAAGCAAUCGAAGGAUGUGUUUCCUGAACCGUUGGAUGUGCAAGAUGAAGCGAGAUCUAACUCCGUACGUUGAUCGACAUAUUCGUUCUUUGUUAAUACCGCACCCCCACCGUAAACCCACCAUACCCCGGUGGAACAAUAGAAAGCUCGGGGUCCUAAAACCGCAACUCUCGGUUGUUAAGUUUAUGAUUGAAAACAAGCGGGUUUUAGUUGUUACUCACGGGUAUUUUUUAGGCUGAGCUUGUACAUUGCAAUGGGUUUUGUUUCGAUCUGUUUCGGAGAGAAACAGAUCGAGAUAACUUCGGUUUUUUUUCUU